CGUAAUUUAUUGUGAUGCGAUCGGUGAUUUCGUGUUCGAGAAAUCGAGGUGAUCGAGUCGCCUUGUGAUUCCAACAACGGUCAUCCGAUCUCUGCUCCGAUCUGCAACGCAGUGCGAAUAGGUGAUCUCGUGUGCAGAGUGUGAAUUCCAUUUGUUCGUCACGGUCGUCAUCGUCUUCGACAUGAGCAUGAAAAUCGAAUGGAGUCUAGUCGUUGGAUGCUUAGUGCUGCUCGGUAGCAUUGGAGAAACGGCUGUUCCCGAAUUGGAACUGUCGAAAUUCGUCACGAGACUCGGAGCCUUCAACGAAACAGAUCUGAUUGCUUUCCAUGGGCUCAUAGCAAAAAGAGUCGCGGCCGCCGUCCGGGACGCAACACCUCUCGAGCUCGGAGGGAUCAGCGUACUCGUACGGGACGAGAAUACCUACAUCAACGUCACUCUAUCAAAAGUCAAAAUUGAAGGCCUCGACAGUCUUCGAGUGCUCGACGUGGCCACCAGCACCCAGCACUUGCGAGCAUCCGUGCUCCUCCGUGCGGCACAAAUGAAAUUGAGCUCGACAUUCAAGAUGAAGGCGUUCCUAAGUAACAGCUUCAACUCGAGCACGAUCUACGACGCUGGUACGUUCGAGGUAGACAUCGACCGGCCCGCAAUAUCUUGGUUCGCGCGUUUGGUUGGCGAGAGCAACGAGCAGCUCGCUGUCACCCAAUCCGGUGUCCGGACCCAUAUGAGCGAAGUUGACUUCGCCUUCACCACUAGCAGCAAGCACGAUUUGUCUCCAGAGAUCAUGGAGACGCUCGGUAUGGCUCUGGUGGACGAGAGCCGACUGCGGCUCGAACGUGCUCUCAGCCAUUCCAUUAACAAGGCUAUGCGGCGCGCUCAACCCGACGUCACCAGGAUUCUUGAGGAGCUCCUACUCGAGGAUGACGUCCCCCAAACCUUCGGGGUGGGCUCCCACUGCAGGGGAAAGUGUGACUUGAUGGAGAAAGCGAGAAUACAGAGCGAGAAACUCGCUCAGCGUUACGACAACAGUAGUGAUUACGACGACAAUGCCGCCGCAAGCGUCGGUGCUCAUCAACUGCAACACCAUCACAGGUCGCGAAGACAAGUCCCGUGCAAUAACGGAACGGAACUGGACGACUACGUCGACUAUUUGUUCCGGUUCGCCCGAAGAUUGAUCCGAGUCAUGGAGCCGAUUCCCGGACCGAAUUUGACCGUUUGCAUUGAGGACUCAAUCCAGGUUUUCCUCCACGAUCUGGAAGUUCGCGGAGUUCACACCUUGAGCCGGGAGAAACCGGCUUACGUGAAAUGUAACAAACAAGGCGACGUGACGGUCGGGCUGGUGGUCAAGAUCGAGAAGAUUACCGGAACAGCGAAGUAUAGAGUUAUUCACGACUAUCGGCACCUACUCUUCCAAGGAGACGCUGACUUCAAACUCAAGAACACCGUCGUUUGGGUACAAAUCUCGCAGCUCGGGAACGGUAACAACAGGUUGGAUGUGUUCAGAAUUUGGAAACUCGGCAAGAUGCACAUAAGACUCAGGGGUCUUGGAGGUGUGACGUCGGCACUUUCGAUGUUGAUGAGUCGAGUCAUCAACGACGACCCUUGGAACGUAAUACCGAUCGCCGAGGCCCAGAUGAUUACUUUCGGUCGAGAAAUGAUCGCCAAUGUCACAGUGCCAAUAUUCUCCCUCGUGUAAGCCUUAUAGUCAAGCGCAUGCGUCUGUCCAGUGGUUCGAGAAGCCUCCAGCAGUGGUGCAGCUAUCCUUCGAGUUCCCGGAAGGUACAGAAGAUUCAACAAUCUUGUCAAGCUCGCGUACAAUCUGCGAAUCAACCCUUCUCGAGCUGGAAUUUCUCUCGUAUGAAGAUGGCUCAGCAUUCAUACGAAACCUGAUUUCUGUAUAUACUGCAACAGCAUCCGGUGGACAAAAAUAUACCCGGUGCGAGACAAGCUGAAACCAAGAAAAAAAA